GUUUUGGGGUCGUAUAAUUUAUCAUUUGGCAUGGCCCUAGUCGGCUAAUCCUACCAAUUCCUUUCUUGCUUGUUGUUGGGUCGUCGCCUCGUCUCCUUCCGCUCCUUUCUCGAAUUUCUUUGAGCUGUCGAGUUUGAUUCGAUCAUCGCGUUCCUUGCUCGGAAACCUUCUCAGAAUCGAUGGCAAUAGGUUCAGGAGGAUCCUCCGUCGUGGUUCCCCGAAACUUCAGGUUACUGGAAGAACUUGAACGUGGAGAGAAAGGUAUUGGGGAUGGUUCUGUUAGCUAUGGCAUGGAUGAUGGUGAUGAUAUUUUGAUGCGCUCAUGGACCGGCACUAUAAUUGGUCCUCACAACUCUGUACAUGAAGGUCGCAUUUAUCAAUUGAAGUUGUUCUGCGACAAAGAUUAUCCUGACAAGCCUCCAAGUGCUCGUUUCCACUCAAGCAUCAACAUGACCUGUGUGAAUCCUGAGACUGGAUUGGUCGAGGCUAGGAAGUUCGGGGUGCUGGCGAAUUGGCAAAGGGAGUACACCAUGGAAACCAUACUGACGCAGCUGCGGAAAGAAAUGGCAGCCCCACACAACCGAAAGCUCUCUCAGCCGCCAGAAGGCACCUACUUCUAGUCGACUCUUGAAAUCUGAGAGAAUUAAAGUUGUAGACUGGAUUUUCCUUCUUGCAAUUUCUCCCAAACUAAAACAGCAUCUUUGCUUUAGCGGAAGUGAAGAAAAUGGGGAGCUCUGUGUCUCCCCCCCACCCCUCCUCUCGUCCGUUACAAAAGCCAAGAAUUUUGUGGAACAGCUUGAUUGAACUUGUGAAUGCAUUUGGGGGUACCUAAGUUUAUGGAACUA